AUGGAGAUCUUGGAGUUUGAUGAAUCAGUAUUAUCUCAAGUGAAAUCUGAUGUCGUCUCUGUCGGUGACUUAGUUGCGUUUGAUACGCUGAGAGACGAUUCUUGGUGCUACGAGAAGGGGUAUGUAACAUUUCUUUCCGAUUAUGUGGCUCGUGUUUCCGUAGCAAACAAUAGCCCUUCACAAGACGUGGAUGAGAGGGCAACCGCAUAUAAAGAGCAACUGCUUGCACUACGCCAACAACUACGGAAUGGAAGAGCAGCCGUUGAGGAGGAGCGUAUCGCAUCGUUGAGAAUCCAAGUUGAGCGUGCUAACACCAUGGUUGAAGGAAUCGAAGGUGCUUGCUUCCGAGAGCUUCAGUCAUAUGUGUCACCACCGCCCAUUGUAAGGAAAAUAUUGGAUGACAUUCUCAUUAUAUUGGGUAUCACUUUACCCACCUCUACUUGGGCUGAGCUGCGCGCACAACUCAGGCAACCGGGCUUUAUAGCACGUGUCCUCAGUUUUGACCCUUCAAAGCUGCCUCCCGAGCGCCGAAACGAGAUCAUCAAGCGCUGCAGGAGCAACGAUAUCAGCGACGACGAUGCUUCGGUGGCGUCACGUGCUGCGGGGCCACUCCAUCAAUGGGUGAAGGCUCAGCUAAACUACGUGAAUCAUAACCAUGUGGCAGCCACUACGCUAGCUGCAUCUUCCCAAGAACAUCUGGAACGUAUUGUCCUUGCUAUCAGGGAUAUUCAGGAUCGUCUUGCGGCGGUUGAAGGGGGGAACGCCCUCGAUGACCUACCGAUGCCAGAGAAAACCAUUCUUCGAUCUUCUAUCAUCCCGACAGCGUUGAUAGAAGGCAGCAUCCCCAAAAUAGCGACAAUUCACCGGUCAGAGCUGUGGAGGUACAUCACGUUGCAAUCCGACAGCCUCAAGUAUGUGAAUUCCAAAAACAAGGUGGGCUUGUCUUCUAGUAAGCCGGAUGUUGUGGGAGCGUGCAGUGACGCUUCGUUAGAACGUGGUCAGCACAGUGUCGACGAGGACGAACGAAUAAAGGUUGUGGAGAAGGAUGCGGCUGAACUUCGAACAGAAAUGGAGAACAUUCGGAGUGAAAACAGAACGCUUCUGCAACAGUUGGCUAUUUGUGAGAGAGAGAACAAAGUCCUCCGAGGCCAGUUGGAAGAGGCUCAGAAGGCGGAGGAAGAGUCUGCGAGGCGACAGGGCGAGUUGAUCCAUUCCCUUGAGGAGCUUCAAAGGACCAAUGAUAUGUUGGAGGGAAUAAUAAAGAAGCUGCAAAACGCUAUCGAUGAAGGAGGUUUAUUGGUCGCUACACAAGGAGAGGAUGUUUCCACGCAACAUAACCAACUUCCUUGUUCUGAAGGGAGCUUCAAGCAUACAAUCGAACUCCAACGGUUCCUGGAGGAGAGAAACAGUAUGGAGGAGGGAUUGGACGACCGACACGGGAUGGUCCCCGAUCAGGAAAGAAAGUCCACCAAUGCAGCGAUUCACACAGGUCGGCACGGCCCCCUGGUUGUUACGGCUGAUGAGGAAAAGGAUGACAAGGGGAUGUGCGGGUUUUCGCAAAGCGACGCGGCUCGGUCAGCGCACAGUCGGGUAACAAAUACAAAAGACACACACACGGCAGCAGCUAAUACGGAUGUCGACGCUACUGGGGAUCACGAUACCGGUAAGCAGUCACGUUUAUCCAAGACAUCCACCAAAGCAACUGCAGCGAAGAAGAAAGGGAAGGGGACAGCUAUAAUUUCUUCAGAAGCACAAGAGCACACAGAUUCCCCUCGUUCCCAGAGUGACACACACCUCCCCAAAGAAAAUGAAGACAAGACAUACACAAACGAGGGGGGAGAAAUACUAAAGAGGUUGCCAUCAGCAGCAAACAUUAGCAGCAAUUCAGUCACAAGCGAUAGGGAAGAAGGGGCACGCACUACAAAAAAGCUUACCGCACGAACGGCAGUUGAUCACAAAAAGAGUAAAAAAGAAGUAGCAACAAAAAUAAGCAGAGAGGAAAAGGAUAAAACACAUAAAGUACGCAAAACACAAGCGGACAGUAAGGAGGCCCGAGAGCACCUCAAGUUAACAAAGUAUAAAGCCGACCAAACACCACAUAAAAGAAGCAAAAAACAACAGCCAUCCCCAAAAAUAAAAAAAACGAAGGAGUCAAACCCAACUCAAUGUUGUACAGAGUUUGCCGCUGACGUAGAGAGCCAGUCUCAGCAACAACAACAGCGUAUAAUUUCCAUUGAAAGCACAGUCAACAAAGAUACCGCGCAACGUACCAAUGCUGCCAUAGAGGAUGAACUUGAUUCAUUGAGAGCUGUGAAUGAACAGUAUGAAGCUAUGCAACGUACCAAUGCUGCCAUAGAGGAUGAACUUGAUUCAUUACGAGCUGUGAAUGAACAGUAUGAAACUCUGCAACGUACUAAUGCUGCCAUGGAGGAAGAACUUGAUUCAUUGCGAGCUUUGAAUGAACAGUAUGAAACUCUGCAACGUACCAAUGCUGCCAUGGAGGAUGAACUUGAUUCAUUGAGAGCUGUGAAUGAACAGUAUGAAGCUAUGCAACGUACCAAUGCUGCUAUGGAGGAUGAACUUGAUUCAUUGCGAGCUGUGAAUGAACAGUAUGAAACUCUGCAACGUACCAAUGCUGCCAUGGAGGAUGAACUUGAUUCGUUGCGAGCUGUGAAUGAACAGUAUGAAGCUAUGCAACGUACCAAUGCUGCCAUAGAGGAUGAACUUGAUUCAUUGAGAGCUGUGAAUGAACAGUAUGAAGCUAUGCAACGUACCAAUGCUGCCAUAGAGGAUGAACUUGAUUCAUUGAGAGCUGUGAAUGAACAGUAUGAAGCUAUGCAACGUACCAAUGCUGCUAUGGAGGAUGAACUUGAUUCAUUGCGAGCUGUGAAUGAACAGUAUGAAGCUAUGCAACGUACCAAUGCUGCCAUGGAGGAUGAACUUGAUUCGUUACGAGCUGCGAAUGAACAGUAUGAAGCUCUGCAACGUACCACUGCUGAUAUUGGAGUUGGCAACCAACCACUGUGGGUCGUUCAAAAGGAACUUAAAGCAGCAAGACGGACAAAUGAGGAUAUGGGGAAUGAGCUUAAGUUGUUACGAGCUUUCAAAGAACAGUGUGAAACUCUGCAGCAUGUAAACAUAAGUGCCGAAAAAGAUCAACCUACGCAUCGUAUACUGAAAAAACAGGAAAAAAACACAAAAGAGAAGAUUAUUGACGAUGAACGCGAUAUAGCAGAAAAAAGAAAAUACACAGAAGAGUACAAAAUACUUCAGCAACUGAAUGCCGAAGUAGAAGCUCAACUCGAGUAUUUACGGGCAUUAAAAAAAAGAGGAAGAAGCACGCGGCACUUCGACCCCAACAUGGAGGAAGAACUUGAUUCACUGAGAGCUGUGAAUGAACAAUAUGAAAAUCUCCGCCGCACCAACGAAGAUAUAAUAAAUGAACUCGAUUCACUGAGAGCUUUGAAUGAACAGUAUAAAGAAGACAGCAAUAAAGACACCAGAGUAGCUAUUGAACAACAACCACUGCAAGCUACACCAAAGCAACUGAAAGAAGAUAGAACAACAAACGAUAAAAUACAGAAUGAACUUGAUUCACUGAGAGCUGCGAAUGAACAGUAUGAAACUCUACAACGUACUAAUGCUGCCAUGGAGGAAGAACUUGAUUCACUGAGAGCUGCGAAUGAACAGUAUGAAACUCUUCAACGUACUAAUGCUGCCAUGGAGGAAGAACUUGAUUCACUGAGAGCUUUGAAUGAGCAGUAUGAAACUCUGCAACGUACUAAUGCUGUUAUGGAAGAUGAACUUGAUUCAUUGCGAGCUUUGAAUGAACAGUAUGAAACUCUUCAACGUACUAAUGCUGCCAUGGAGGAAGAACUUGAUUCACUGAGAGCUGCGAAUGAACAGUAUGAAACUCUUCAACGUACUCAUGCUGCCAUGGAGGAUGAACUUGAUUCACUGAGAGCUUUGAAUGAACAGUAUGAAACUCUUCAACGUACUAAUGCUGCCAUGGAGGAUGAACUUGAUUCACUGAGAGCUGCGAAUGAACAGUAUGAAACUCUGCAACGUACUAAUGCUGCCAUGGAGGAUGAACUUGAUUCACUGAGAGCUUUGAAGGAACAGUAUGAAACUCUGCAACGUACCAAUGCUGCCAUGGAGGAUGAACUUGAUUCGUUACGAGCUGCGAAUGAACAGUAUGAAACUCUUCAACGUACUAAUGCUGCCAUGGAGGAAGAACUUGAUUCAUUACGAGCUUUGAAUGAACAGUAUGAAACUCUGCAACGUACCAAUGCUGCUAUGGAGGAUGAACUUGAUUCAUUGCGAGCUGUGAAUGAACAGUAUGAAACUCUACAACGUACUAAUGCUGCCAUGGAGGAAGAACUUGAUUCAUUACGAGCUUUGAAUGAACAGUAUGAAACUCUGCAACGUACCAAUGCUGCCAUGGAGGAUGAACUUGAUUCAUUGCGAGCUGUGAAUGAACAGUAUGAAACUCUGCAACGUACUCAUGCUGCCAUGGAGGAUGAACUUGAUUCAUUGCGAGCUGUGAAUGAACAGUAUGAAACUCUGCAACGUACCAAUGCUGCCAUGGAGGAUGAACUUGAUUCAUUGAGAGCUGUGAAUGAACAGUAUGAAACUCUGCAACGUACCAAUGCUGCCAUGGAGGAAGAACUUGAUUCAUUGCGAGCUGUGAAUGAACAGUAUGAAACUCUACAACGUACUAAUGCUGCCAUGGAGGAAGAACUUGAUUCACUGAGAGCUGUGAAUGAACAGUAUGAAGCUCUACAACGUACCAAUGCUGCCAUGGAGGAAGAACUUGAUUCACUGAGAGCUGUGAAUGAACAGUAUGAAGCUCUACAACGUACCAAUGCUGCUAUGGAGGAUGAACUUGAUUCGCUGCGAGCUGUGAAUGAACAGUAUGAAACUCUACAACGUACUAAUGCUGCCAUGGAGGAAGAACUUGAUUCGCUGCGAGCUGUGAAUGAACAGUAUGAAGCUCUACAACGUACCAAUGCUGCUAUGGAGGAUGAACUUGAUUCGCUGCGAGCUUUGAAUGAACAGUAUGAAACUCUGCAACGUACUAAUGCUGCCAUGGAGGAAGAACUUGAUUCAUUGCGAGCUUUGAAUGAACAGUAUGAAACUCUGCAACGUACCAAUGCUGCCAUGGAGGAUGAACUUGAUUCAUUGAGAGCUGUGAAUGAACAGUAUGAAACUCUGCAACGUACCAAUGCUGCCAUGGAGGAAGAACUUGAUUCAUUGCGAGCUGUGAAUGAACAGUAUGAAACUCUACAACGUACUAAUGCUGCCAUGGAGGAAGAACUUGAUUCACUGAGAGCUGUGAAUGAACAGUAUGAAGCUCUACAACGUACCAAUGCUGCCAUGGAGGAAGAACUUGAUUCACUGAGAGCUGUGAAUGAACAGUAUGAAGCUCUACAACGUACCAAUGCUGCUAUGGAGGAUGAACUUGAUUCGCUGCGAGCUGUGAAUGAACAGUAUGAAACUCUACAACGUACUAAUGCUGCCAUGGAGGAAGAACUUGAUUCGCUGCGAGCUGUGAAUGAACAGUAUGAAGCUCUACAACGUACCAAUGCUGCUAUGGAGGAUGAACUUGAUUCGCUGCGAGCUUUGAAUGAACAGUAUGAAACUCUGCAACGUACUAAUGCUGCCAUGGAGGAAGAACUUGAUUCAUUGCGAGCUUUGAAUGAACAGUAUGAAACUCUGCAACGUACCAAUGCUGCCAUGGAAGAUGAACUUGAUUCAUUGCGAGCUGCGAAUGAACAGUAUGAAACUCUGCAGCGUGCCAAUGCUGCCAUGGAGGAAGAACUUGAUUCAUUGCGAGCUGCGAAUGAACAGUAUGAAACUCUGCAACGUACUAAUGCUGCCAUGGAGGAAGAACUUGAUUCAUUGCGAGCUGCGAAUGAACAGUAUGAAACUCUGCAACGUACUAAUGCUGCCAUGGAGGAAGAACUUGAUUCAUUGCGAGCUGUGAAUGAACAGUACGAAACUCUGCAACGUACCAAUGCUGCCAUGGAGGAAGAACUUGAUUCAUUGCGAGCUGCGAAUGAACAGUAUGAAACUCUUCAACGUACUAAUGCUGCCAUGGAGGAAGAACUUGAUUCAUUGCGAGCUUUGAAUGAACAGUAUGAAACUCUGCAACGUACUAAUGCUGCCAUGGAAGAUGAACUUGAUUCAUUGCGAGCUGCGAAUGAACAGUACGAAACUCUGCAACGUACCAAUGCUGCCAUGGAAGAUGAACUUGAUUCAUUGCGAGCUGCGAAUGAACAGUAUGAAACUCUUCAACGUACUAAUGCUGCCAUGGAGGAAGAACUUGAUUCAUUGCGAGCUUUGAAUGAACAGUAUGAAACUCUGCAACGUACCAAUGCUGCCAUGGAAGAUGAACUUGAUUCAUUGCGAGCUGUGAAUGAACAGUAUGAAACUCUGCAGCGUACUAAUGCUGCCAUGGAGGAAGAACUCGAUUCAUUGCGAGAUGUUGUUGCUGAGGAUCUAGAUAUCUUGAACGUCUAUAGGGAAUUUAAGAGGGAAUGCAAUGAAAGUGGGAACGUUAUAAGUACAAUGACCGGGCAGAUUCUCAACCUAGAGAGGAAGUUAAAGGAGAUUGAACGACUCAAGGAAGUGGCAGAAUAUCGUUGCGAAUUUAUCAAGGAGAAAUCAAGGGAAAUAAUCAAUUGCGUCAUGGAGGAGUAUAAAAAGCCUGCUAACAAUAGCGGCACCGCUGGCGGAGCUCAUGAAACCACAGAAGAAUCAACACUUCAACGACAUCUCAGCCGACUUGAGGAACUUGAUGAGGGUAUAAGAGAGCAAUCUAAAGAAGAGAAGGCCGUGAAUGAGGAGCUUGAGGAACUUCGGCAUUUAAAUGCUGCCAUGGAAGAUGAACUUGAUUCAUUGCGAGCUUUGAAUGAACAGUAUGAAACUCUGCAACGUACCAAUGCUGCCAUGGAAGAUGAACUUGAUUCAUUACGAGCUGUGAAUGAACAGUAUGAAACUCUGCAACGUACCAAUGCUGCCAUGGAGGAUGAACUUGAUUCAUUGCGAGCUGUGAAUGAACAGUAUGAAACUCUGCAACGUACCAAUGCUGCCAUGGAAGAUGAACUUGAUUCAUUGCGAGCUGUGAAUGAACAGUAUGAAACUCUGCAGCGUGCCAACGCUGCUAUGGAGGAUGAACUUGAUUCAUUGCGAGCUUUGAAUGAACAGUAUGAAACUCUGCAACGUACUAAUGCUGCCAUGGAGGAAGAACUUGAUUCAUUGCGAGCUUUGAAUGAACAGUAUGAAACUCUGCAACGUACUCAUGCUGCCAUGGAGGAAGAACUUGAUUCAUUGCGAGCUUUGAAUGAACAGUAUGAAACUCUGCAACGUACUCAUGCUGCCAUGGAGGAAGAACUUGAUUCAUUGCGAGCUUUGAAUGAACAGUAUGAAACUCUGCAACGUACUAAUGCUGCCAUGGAGGAAGAACUUGAUUCAUUGCGAGCUUUGAAUGAACAGUAUGAAACUCUGCAACGUACUAAUGCUGCCAUGGAGGAAGAACUUGAUUCAUUGCGAGCUUUGAAUGAACAGUAUGAAACUCUGCAGCGUGCCAAUGCUGCCAUGGAGGAUGAACUUGAUUCAUUGCGAGCUUUGAAUGAACAGUAUGAAACUCUGCAACGUACUAAUGCUGCUAUGGAGGAUGAACUUGAUUCAUUGCGAGCUGUGAAUGAACAGUAUGAAACUCUGCAGCGUACUAAUGCUGCCAUGGAGGAAGAACUCGAUUCAUUGCGAGAUGUUGUUGCUGAGGAUCUAGAUAUCUUGAACGUCUAUAGGGAAUUUAAGAGGGAAUGCAAUGAAAGUGGGAACGUUAUAAGUACAAUGACCGGGCAGAUUCUCAACCUAGAGAGGAAGUUAAAGGAGAUUGAACGACUCAAGGAAGUGGCAGAAUAUCGUUGCGAAUUUAUCAAGGAGAAAUCAAGGGAAAUAAUCAAUUGCGUCAUGGAGGAGUAUAAAAAGCCUGCUAACAAUAGCGGCACCGCUGGCGGAGCUCAUGAAACCACAGAAGAAUCAACACUUCAACGACAUCUCAGCCGACUUGAGGAACUUGAUGAGGGUAUAAGAGAGCAAUCUAAAGAAGAGAAGGCCGUGAAUGAGGAGCUUGAGGAACUUCGGCAUUUAAAUGCUGCCAUGGAAGAUGAACUUGAUUCAUUGCGAGCUUUGAAUGAACAGUAUGAAACUCUGCAACGUACCAAUGCUGCCAUGGAAGAUGAACUUGAUUCAUUACGAGCUGUGAAUGAACAGUAUGAAACUCUGCAACGUACCAAUGCUGCCAUGGAGGAUGAACUUGAUUCAUUGCGAGCUGUGAAUGAACAGUAUGAAACUCUGCAACGUACCAAUGCUGCCAUGGAAGAUGAACUUGAUUCAUUGCGAGCUGUGAAUGAACAGUAUGAAACUCUGCAGCGUGCCAACGCUGCUAUGGAGGAUGAACUUGAUUCAUUGCGAGCUUUGAAUGAACAGUAUGAAACUCUGCAACGUACUAAUGCUGCCAUGGAGGAAGAACUUGAUUCAUUGCGAGCUUUGAAUGAACAGUAUGAAACUCUGCAACGUACUCAUGCUGCCAUGGAGGAAGAACUUGAUUCAUUGCGAGCUUUGAAUGAACAGUAUGAAACUCUGCAACGUACUCAUGCUGCCAUGGAGGAAGAACUUGAUUCAUUGCGAGCUUUGAAUGAACAGUAUGAAACUCUGCAACGUACUAAUGCUGCCAUGGAGGAAGAACUUGAUUCAUUGCGAGCUUUGAAUGAACAGUAUGAAACUCUGCAACGUACUAAUGCUGCCAUGGAGGAAGAACUUGAUUCAUUGCGAGCUUUGAAUGAACAGUAUGAAACUCUGCAGCGUGCCAAUGCUGCCAUGGAGGAUGAACUUGAUUCAUUGCGAGCUUUGAAUGAACAGUAUGAAACUCUGCAACGUACUAAUGCUGCUAUGGAGGAUGAACUUGAUUCAUUGCGAGCUGUGAAUGAACAGUAUGAAACUCUGCAGCGUACUAAUGCUGCCAUGGAGGAAGAACUCGAUUCAUUGCGAGAUGUUGUUGCUGAGGAUCUAGAUAUCUUGAACGUCUAUAGGGAAUUUAAGAGGGAAUGCAAUGAAAGUGGGAACGUUAUAAGUACAAUGACCGGGCAGAUUCUCAACCUAGAGAGGAAGUUAAAGGAGAUUGAACGACUCAAGGAAGUGGCAGAAUAUCGUUGCGAAUUUAUCAAGGAGAAAUCAAGGGAAAUAAUCAAUUGCGUCAUGGAGGAGUAUAAAAAGCCUGCUAACAAUAGCGGCACCGCUGGCGGAGCUCAUGAAACCACAGAAGAAUCAACACUUCAACGACAUCUCAGCCGACUUGAGGAACUUGAUGAGGGUAUAAGAGAGCAAUCUAAAGAAGAGAAGGCCGUGAAUGAGGAGCUUGAGGAACUUCGGCAUUUAAAUGCUGCCAUGGAAGAUGAACUUGAUUCAUUGCGAGCUUUGAAUGAACAGUAUGAAACUCUGCAACGUACCAAUGCUGCCAUGGAAGAUGAACUUGAUUCAUUACGAGCUGUGAAUGAACAGUAUGAAACUCUGCAACGUACCAAUGCUGCCAUGGAGGAUGAACUUGAUUCAUUGCGAGCUGUGAAUGAACAGUAUGAAACUCUGCAACGUACCAAUGCUGCCAUGGAAGAUGAACUUGAUUCAUUGCGAGCUGUGAAUGAACAGUAUGAAACUCUGCAGCGUGCCAACGCUGCUAUGGAGGAUGAACUUGAUUCAUUGCGAGCUUUGAAUGAACAGUAUGAAACUCUGCAACGUACUCAUGCUGCCAUGGAGGAAGAACUUGAUUCAUUGCGAGCUUUGAAUGAACAGUAUGAAACUCUGCAACGUACUCAUGCUGCCAUGGAGGAAGAACUUGAUUCAUUGCGAGCUUUGAAUGAACAGUAUGAAACUCUGCAACGUACUAAUGCUGCCAUGGAGGAAGAACUUGAUUCAUUGCGAGCUUUGAAUGAACAGUAUGAAACUCUGCAGCGUGCCAAUGCUGCCAUGGAGGAUGAACUUGAUUCAUUGCGAGCUUUGAAUGAACAGUAUGAAACUCUGCAACGUACUAAUGCUGCUAUGGAGGAUGAACUUGAUUCAUUGCGAGCUGUGAAUGAACAGUAUGAAACUCUGCAGCGUACUAAUGCUGCCAUGGAGGAAGAACUCGAUUCAUUGCGAGAUGUUGUUGCUGAGGAUCUAGAUAUCUUGAACGUCUAUAGGGAAUUUAAGAGGGAAUGCAAUGAAAGUGGGAACGUUAUAAGUACAAUGACCGGGCAGAUUCUCAACCUAGAGAGGAAGUUAAAGGAGAUUGAACGACUCAAGGAAGUGGCAGAAUAUCGUUGCGAAUUUAUCAAGGAGAAAUCAAGGGAAAUAAUCAAUUGCGUCAUGGAGGAGUAUAAAAAGCCUGCUAACAAUAGCGGCACCGCUGGCGGAGCUCAUGAAACCACAGAAGAAUCAACACUUCAACGACAUCUCAGCCGACUUGAGGAACUUGAUGAGGGUAUAAGAGAGCAAUCUAAAGAAGAGAAGGCCGUGAAUGAGGAGCUUGAGGAACUUCGGCAUUUAAAUGCUGCCAUGGGGGAUGAACUUGAUUCAUUGCGAGCUUUGAAUGAACAGUAUGAAACUCUGCAGCGUGCCAAUGCUGCCAUGGAAGAUGAACUUGAUUCAUUGCGAGCUGUGAAUGAACAGUAUGAAACUCUGCAGCGUACUAAUGCUGCCAUGGAAGAUGAACUUGAUUCAUUGCGAGCUUUGAAUGAACAGUAUGAAACUCUGCAACGUACCAAUGCUGCCAUGGAGGAUGAACUUGAUUCAUUGCGAGCUGUGAAUGAACAGUAUGAAACUCUGCAACGUACCAAUGCUGCCAUGGAAGAUGAACUUGAUUCAUUGCGAGCUGUGAAUGAACAGUAUGAAACUCUGCAACGUACUAAUGCUGCUAUGGAGGAUGAACUUGAUUCAUUGCGAGCUGUGAAUGAACAGUAUGAAACUCUGCAGCGUGCCAAUGCUGCCAUGGAGGAAGAACUUGAUUCAUUGCGAGCUUUGAAUGAACAGUAUGAAACUCUGCAACGUACCAAUGCUGCCAUGGAGGAUGAACUUGAUUCAUUGCGAGCUGUGAAUGAACAGUAUGAAACUCUGCAACGUACCAAUGCUGCCAUGGAGGAUGAACUCGAUUCAUUGCGAGAUGUUGUUGCUGAGUAUGAAACUCUGCAACGUACUAAUGCUGCCAUGGAGGAAGAACUUGAUUCAUUGCGAGCUUUGAAUGAACAGUAUGAAACUCUGCAGCGUGCCAAUGCUGCCAUGGAGGAAGAACUUGAUUCAUUGCGAGCUUUGAAUGAACAGUAUGAAACUCUGCAACGUACUAAUGCUGCUAUGGAGGAUGAACUUGAUUCAUUGCGAGCUGUGAAUGAACAGUAUGAAACUCUGCAGCGUACUAAUGCUGCCAUGGAGGAAGAACUUGAUUCAUUGCGAGAUGUUGUUGCUGAGGAUCUAGAUAUCUUGAACGUCUAUAGGGAAUUUAAGAGGGAAUGCAAUGAAAGUGGGAACGUUAUAAGUACAAUGACCGGGCAGAUUCUCAACCUAGAGAGGAAGUUAAAGGAGAUUGAACGACUCAAGGAAGUGGCAGAAUAUCGUUGCGAAUUUAUCAAGGAGAAAUCAAGGGAAAUAAUCAAUUGCGUCAUGGAGGAGUAUAAAAAGCCUGCUAACAAUAGCGGCACCGCUGGCGGAGCUCAUGAAACCACAGAAGAAUCAACACUUCAACGACAUCUCAGCCGACUUGAGGAACUUGAUGAGGGUAUAAGAGAGCAAUCUAAAGAAGAGAAGGCCGUGAAUGAGGAGCUUGAGGAACUUCGGCAUUUAAAUGCUGCCAUGGAAGAUGAACUUGAUUCAUUGCGAGCUUUGAAUGAACAGUAUGAAACUCUGCAACGUACCAAUGCUGCCAUGGAAGAUGAACUUGAUUCAUUGCGAGCUUUGAAUGAACAGUAUGAAACUCUGCAACGUACCAAUGCUGCCAUGGAGGAUGAACUUGAUUCAUUGCGAGCUUUGAAUGAACAGUAUGAAACUCUUCAACGUACCAAUGCUGCCAUGGAGGAAGAACUUGAUUCAUUGCGAGCUUUGAAUGAACAGUAUGAAACUCUGCAACGUACCAAUGCUGCCAUGGAGGAAGAACUUGAUUCAUUGCGAGCUGCGAAUGAACAGUAUGAAGCUGUGAGACGUUCGAAUUCUGACAUGGAGGAUGAACUUAAAUCAUUGCGAGCUUUGAAUGAACAGUAUGAAACUCUACAACGUAGUAAUACUGCCAUGGAGGAUGAACUUAAAUCAUUACGGUCCUUGAAUGAACAGUAUGAAGCUGCGAGGCGUUCGAAUUCUGCCAUGGAGGAUGAACUUAAAUCAUUGCGAGCUUUGAAUGAACAGUAUGAAGCUGCGAGACGUUCGAAUUCUGACAUGGAGGAUGAACUUAAAUCAUUGCGAGCUUUGAAUGAACAGUAUGAAACUCUACAACGUAGUAAUACUGCAAUGGAGGAUGAACUUAAAUCAUUACGGUCCUUGAAUGAACAGUAUGAAGCUGCGAGGCGUUCGAAUUCUGCCAUGGAGGAUGAACUUAAAUCAUUACGGGCUUUGAAUGAAAAGUAUGAAGCUCUGCAAUGUACCAAUGUUUGUGGGAGUGCUGUGAAUGAUUUUGCGUAUUCUACUGUGGAUAAUAUGAAUGUUAAGGUUUCUAAGGAUAGUGCUUUUCUUUGUGAAAAAACAGUUGGUCAUUGUGUUGCUGAUGCUCUUAGAGUUAUGGGUUGUCGAGUCGUUUCCGAUGAUCAUGAUGUGGUGUUUUUAAAAUCUGGUAACGUUGGAGGUGCGAUUUCUAGUAAUGUUCUUUGCCCUGUGGAUGGCAGUAAUUCCCUGUUUGGUGGUGGAGUUGACCUCGACCGAAGGGGUGCCACGGAGGGUGCUGGUGGUGAUGCGGGUACCUGUGUGCCCCCACUUAAGGUGAAGGAGGAAGUUGGCUUUCCUCUUUCUUCGGCUCUUGCCGCUUCUCGUUGUGAAGAAGAUGAUGCUGUUGUGUCCAAAAUAAAUGAUGAUUGUGGGUCUUUGUGUGUUUCGUAUCGUGGUGGAAGUGGUGAUGCUUUUGAAGGUUCUUCUCUUCUUUCAAGUCUGUCCGAUGUUAAUGAUUGCCAUCUUUGUUCUGUCCUGGCCAAGAGGGUGCUAAAGCUGAGAGAGUCUAUAAGGGUUCAGGAGGAGACGAUGAAGUAUUAUGUGGAGUCUCAAGAGGAGCUGAGAAAGUGUAAUGACUUAGUUAUAAAGAGACUAGAGGAUGAGGUUAAAGCUCUUCGUGAAGAACUGCGUGGAAAUGAGGCGUAG